AGCUCGGCUGUUUCCUCCAGGAGCCCUCGGCGGCUCACACACGGACAUCCAGCCGGAGAGGGAGGGAGCUCCCGGGGAACGGACCCGCUCGGACGGCUUCAUCUCCUCUUGUUCACGGGACGAACCGGGACCGGAUCGGCGCCAGAGAUGACGGGCGCAUGUUGACGGUCUGGUAGCUGAAGACGACGCCGAGCAGCCGGAACCCAGCCAGACGAGCCCCAGCAUGGCGGCUCACCGGAUCAGAGCCACCACCAACAACAACGCGUCUCUCCCCCGCUGCAAGUCCGAGGGGACGCUCAUCGACCUGAGCGAGGGGGUGUCGGAGGCCACGCUCACAGACGUCAAAGUGCCUUCCCCCAGUGCCUUACGCCUGGAUGCGACCGCCUCUUUCGGCACAGCCCGGGAAGUCGUCGCCAUCAAGGACUACUGCCCGUCCAGCUUCACCACCCUGAAGUUCUCCAAAGGGGACCGCCUCUACGUUCUGGACUCCUCCGGAGGGGAGUGGUGGUACGCGCACAACAACACCGAAAUGGGGUACAUCCCCGCUGCCUACGUACAGCCCGUCAACUACAGAGACUCGUCUUUCAGCGACAGCGGGAUGAUCGACACGGUGGGAGACUGCAACGAGGAGGCGGCCAAAGAAAUGGACCUUCUGGGCGAGUGGGCCGGAGUGAUUCUGAAACCCACCACCUUCCAAAACGGAAAUCCCUUUGCAACAAAUCAUACCUCGACAAACCCGUUCCUCAGCAGAGGUCCUCAGAGCUCUUUUGACCAGAACACUUCAGAGAAAUCAGUCGACCUGCUUCUGUUUGAUACAAUCACUGAAACGGCGCCCGACUCCACCAGCAGCACUGCCGACGUCAACGGUUUUGGCAGCAGCAGUUUUAACUUGAAUCCUCUCAGUCCCGGCGUUGGGGUGGGGCAGACGCUGCGCAGGGACAACCCGUUUUUCAGAAGCAAACGUUCCUACAGUCUGUCUGAGCUCUCCAUCUUGCAGGCUCAGUCGGACAUGCCUCAGGCUUCCAGUGGUUUCUUUGGAGGCCUUAAAGCGCCGGCGCCAGAACAGUUCCAGAGCAGGGAGGAUUUCAGGACUGCGUGGCUUACUCACCGCAAGCUGGCCAGGUCGUGCCACGAUCUGGAUUCACUGGGCCAGAACCCGGGCUGGGGCCAGACGCAGCCGGUGGAGACCAACAUCGUCUGUCGGCUGGACAGCUCAGGAGGCGCUGUGCAGCUUCCAGACACCAACAUCAGCAUUCACAUCCCCGAGGGCCACGUGGCUCCUGGGGACACCCAGCAGAUCUCAAUCAAAGCGCUGCUCGACCCGCCGCUGGAGCUCAACAAUGACCGCUGCACCACCGUCAGCCCCGUGGUGGAGAUUAAACUCAGCAACAUGGAGACCAAAACCACUGUUACUCUGGAAAUGAAAGUGUCUGUAGUGGUGAAGAUGGAAAGCAGAGGGACGACCGAAGUCCUGUGUGUCAGGAGUGAUUGUAAAGAGGGACCUUACUCUCCCGUUCCUCAGGCGUACAUGUAUGGAGACACAGUCCAGGUGUGUCUGGAUAACCUGGAGCCCUGUAUGUAUGUGUGUGUGGUGGCUCAGGCCCAGUCCAUAUCUCCAGACUCCACAGUCUGGGAGCAUGUAGUGAAAAAGAUCACCUUGGGCGUGUACGGCCCCAAACACAUUCACCCGUCCUUCAAGACCGUGGUGGCCAUGUUCGGUCACGACUGUGCCCCUAAAACCCUGCUGGUGAGCGAAGUCAGUAAGCAGGUGCAGUGUGCUCCAGCAGUGGCGCUGCAGCUUUGGGGAAAGCAUCAGUUUGUGUUGUCCAGACCGCAAGACCUUCGCAUGGGAGUUUACUCCAACAUGGCCAACUACGAGGUGAAGGCCAGCGAGCAGGCCAGAGUGGUGCGAGGCUUCCAGGUUAAACUCGGCAAAGUCAGCAGACUGGUCUACAUCAUCGCCUCACGCAACCCCGACGACGUUUCGGAUUUUACCUUGAGAAUCCAAGUCAAAGACGACCAGGAUUGUAUUCUGGCUCAGUUCUGUGUCCAGACGCCGACGCCGCCUCCCAAAGCAGGACCGAAGGCGUCGGUGCAGCGGCGAUUCCUCAAGAAGAAAGAGGUGGGCAAAAUCGUUCUGUCUCCGCUUGCCAUCGCCACCAAGUACCCGGUUUUCCAGGACAGAAAGAUAAACAACCUGAAGUUUGGAAAAUUAAUCAAAACGGUCAUCCGGCAAACCAAAAAUCAGUACUUACUGGAGUACAAGAAAGGAGAUUUUGUGGCUCUUCUGAGCGAGGAGAAAAUCAAGCUGAAGGGUCAGUUAUGGACGAAGGAAUGGUACAUUGGAUAUUAUCAGGGCAAAAUGGGCCUGGUUCAUGCUAAAAACGUGCUGGUGGUGGGAAAAGUGAAGCCCAUUUACUUCAGUGGGCCCGACCUCACAACCGUAUCGCUGCUGGAGCAGAUACUGAAGCCCUGCAAGUUCCUCACCUACAUCUACGCCUCCGUGAGGACGAUACUGAUGGAGAACAUCGGCAACUGGCGAGCCUUUGCCGACGCCCUCGGAUACGUCAACCUCCCCUUGACACACUUCUGCCGUGCCGAGCUGGACAGCGAGCCGGAGCGAGUGGCGUCGGUGCUGGAGAAGCUGAAGGAGGACUGCAACAACGCAGACAGCAAAGACAGGAAGUCUUUCCAGAAGGAGCUCCUGACGGCUCUGCUGAAGAUGGACUGUCAGGGCCUGGUGGCCCGGCUGGUCAUGGACUUCGUGCUCCUCACCACGGCCGUGGAGGUGGCCGGGCGCUGGAGGGAGCUCGCCGAGCGGCUGGUCAAAGUGUCCCGGCAGCAGAUGGACGCCUACGAGGCGCCGCACCGCGACAAGAACGGGGUCGUGGACAGCGAGGCCAUGUGGAAGCCUGCGUACGACUUCCUGGUGACGUGGGCGGCCCAGAUCGGGGACAGCUACCGGGACGUGAUCCAGGAGCUGCACAUGGGCCUGGACAAGAUGAAGAGUCCCAUCACCAAGCGCUGGAAGCACCUGACGGGGACGCUCAUCCUGGUCAACUGCCUGGACGCCCUGCGGGGCUCCGCCUUCAGCGCCGCCGCUCAGGACGACUACGCCAUCUGAACAGAUGUCGUACUUGUCCGUCUUCUUCUCAAACGUCUCUUCCCCAGAAGCGUCUCCUCCCAACUGCCCCAAAGAUCUGCCCCCGAAGCAGCCCUUCACACUCUUCCUCCCCAAGCAUCUGCCCCCAAACCCCUCUCCCCAGCCGCCCCCCUCAGGUGUCCCCGCCCAGCCGUCCCCCAGCCGUCCCCCUGCCGUCCCCCUGCAGCGUGCCCAGUAUUCACAGAGACUCUUUCUUAGCUCACAGUCUGUAUUUUUGUACUCUUUCUUACGGCUCAGCCUUUUCCUCAGAGCAACACUUUAAAGCGUUUGGUUACGAACUGUGGAUUUAAUCCUCACAAAGACACUUUUCUAAAACACGGCAGAUAUUUUAUCCUGGUUAUCGUAGCCUCGUGUGUCAAAUCUAUUUAUUUAUAAAGCUGAGAGGAGCGUUUUCACGUCUUCUCCUUCGCUGUCGUCCUUCAGAUAUUUUCAGGUCAGUCUGUUUUUUAAGAUUUCAGACUGAAGGAAACAGAACUUGUUGAUCUUUAACACCAACAGUUAAUCCCACACUUGCUGGAGGAGUUUUUAUUCAUGAACAGAUUCAGGAAUUUAAUUUCAAUCUGCUGUUUUUCUCACUUUUGGACCAUCAUGAAAUGAGGAUUUUAGUUGAUAACCAGAAAAAAAAUGUAAUUUGGAAUUAUGAUGAACAUUUUUUCUAUUUUAUGUUAUAUUCUUAUGUUCUAUUCUUUUUAAUUUCGACUUUAUGAGCAACUGUUGGCAAAAUUCCAUCAAAUUUCCUGCUGAUGAAGUUAAUCUGGAUUUUAUUUCACACAUGAACAGUUUGAUCCGUUUGUCUCGAAGCUGGGGAUUCCUGGCAGGAAGAUGUUGCUUCCUCCUGGAGUUUCCAGGCAGGAAACAAGGAAGCUCAUCCAGUCGUCUUUACAAAUUAUGACAGCAUAUUAAACUUGGAACUUCUCACCCAAAACUACGACAGAGCUACAUGUACGAGUCGUUAAGGCGAUUCAGAAAACCCUAAAGUGCCACCGACGUCCUGGAAUCCAGGAGGCGGGGCUUAUAGAUGAUCGAUGAUAUGAUACAGAUGAUUUUUGAGUUUCAGCCUUUAAAAAUGAUCAAAUCUGGAAUCCAGAGUUUCUGGAGGUGUGGAUUUCAUAAAUUUACACCUCGACCAUUUCUCAAGCCGCUGUGAACUCCCAGUUCCCAGUCAACGGAGCUUUGAGAACUGUUGGUCUAAAACUGCAAACAGCAACCAAGUGAAAGCUUUUGGAACUACCUGUGAAAACUAGGAAUUCCCAGUUUGAGAGACAACUGGAACGCUCCGGUUAAUGAGUGUGACGAUGUGGUCAGUGCCGCUUCUGAAAGGUUUCUACAGGAAGUGAGUCAAGUCACUUCCAGCUGAGUUUGUUUGGUUUACGGUUCUUUGUGGCGACUUUCAGGCCCCGUUUACACGACGACGUUUCACAACUUUCGUAUUUACUCAGCAAUGCUUUGGAAAUGAUGUCCGUCUCCACGGAAACGUUAGCGCGCACACACACACACACACACACACACACACACACACACACACACACACAGGCUGCAGAGAACAAUACACUUUGAACAUGGACAAUGGGAGAACACCGACAUUCAUACGGACACAACACCACGUUGGAUUGUUUUACGGUGACUGUCAACUCGAAAAGAAAGUGUUUCAGAAAAGUUGCAUUUCCGCCGUUUCCACGGAGACAAGUCAGCGCAUUUUCAAACACUUGCACCUUGGUUCUCACAAGGCUGUGCUUUCAGAGACUCAGAGCACCGACGUCUCAUGAACGGACUCACGGAACGCUACGGAACGUUGUGUAAACGGGGUUUCAGUCGUCCCUCCACCUCUCACACUGUCACGUCUCAUUUAUCCACUUUUUCUUCAGUUCUUCUUCUCUGUUUAGCCAAAGUUUGCCAAAAGGAGGCGAUCUCUCCACAGCUGACCGUAAUGAAACCACUGCUGUUCCGACACUGUCCGUCGAAGCUUCUGCUCGGCUGUUUGACUCUCAGAGCCUUUCUGAUGGUCGCUGCGUACUUUUUGUGGAAAAGUAAAUAAAUUGUAAAUAUUUGUACACACUG